ACAUGUAUUUUGAACACUUUUUGCUGUGCAUGCAGCACGCUGGAGCAGCCAUGCACACUGGAAUUGCAAUUCUGCUCUUUGUAUGUGCAGCUUUUUUUGCUGCUUGUUGUUUAUUGGUAAUUGCCCCAGUGUAUUUAGAGCUGAGAAAUUUAAAUAUCCCUCCUGGAGUUGCUAAUCCUGGGAAACUACGCAUGAUUCAUUGCGUUUAUGUGGGGAUAAGUGUUGUGGGACAAAUUUUGGGGCGAUUGGGGCUAUGCCAUCAGAUAAAUUUUAUACGACGGUGCAGAGGCUUUAUCAUGGCCAGCAAAAAGCCAGUGUCCCCCGGCCUUCAUAUUAAGGACUUGACCUUCAGUGGAGUUCCAGUGAGGGUGUAUGAGCCUAAAAUUGCCUCGGGAGAGAAAAAAAGGGGCCUGGUGUACUUUCAUGGUGGUGGAUGGAUGUUUGGCUGCAUUGAUGAUUACGAUGAAGUUUGUCAGUAUAUAUCUCUGGAGAGUGACACCAUAGUUGUGUCUGUUGGUUACCGUCUGGCCCCCGAGCACAGGUACCCUGCCCACCUGGACGACUGUGAGGUCGUGACUCGCCAUUUCCUGUCAAAAGCGGCAACCGAUUUCGAGGUGGACCCUUACAGGGUGGCAGUUGGUGGGGACAGCGCAGGGGCGAACCUGGUAGCCGCUCUCUGCCAGAGGCUGUCAAAGACACCGGAUUGUCAUCUGCCAUCUCCCUGUGCCCAGGUUCUCAUCUACCCAGCACUACAGAUGGUAGAUUUCCACCUGCCCUCAUACCAGCAGAACCACUCUGUGCCCAUAUUGUUCAGAGGCAGAGCGGCAUUCUAUUUCUUACAGUACCUCAAUGGGAAUACUUCUGUGAGCCAGCAGAUUCUGGAAGGCAAGCAUGUUCCUGUCGAGCUAAAACUUCGCUUUAAGAAAUGGCUGGAUACAGAUAAUCUUCCACCUCAGUUUAGAAAGGGAGCAAGAAGUCCGCAGGUUAUUCCAAGCCAUGACCGUGAUGUCUAUCACAUCAUCAAACAAGGCCUGGAUCCAGAGAUCUCCCCUUUACUAGCCGAGGAUGAUGUUAUUCGCCUUGCGCCACCCACCUUCAUCUUGACCUGUGAGUUCGAUGUGCUGAGAGAUGAUGGCAUUCUGUUCCGCAAGCGACUGAAGGAUGCAGGAGUGGAAGUCACGUGGGAGCAUCUAUCUGAUGGCUUCCAUGGGAUCAUCAGUUUCUUCAACCAGGGCUGGUUGACAUUUCAAUCUUCUCAAAGGGGUAUGGACAGCAUUGUAAGAUAUAUAAGGACUCUCUGACUGAGAAGUCAGAGGAUUUGUCAGAAUGACUUGGAAAAUAGCCUGUAAGAAAUAUAGCAAUCCAAUCACUUUCCCAUUUGUUUUAAAGAAGAGUUAUAAGGUUGUUAAAGAUUUGCCAAAAAAUACAGAGACUGGCAACCAGGUAAAACAAGAGUGAUAAUUCUACAAAAUUGAGGAAUUUGAUAGAAUGUUUGAAUUUCAAUUGAUUAAAUGAAUUUAGAGUUUCUUCUCAACAGAAGAUCUAAACUCUAAGUUAAAAGUAUUCAUAAUACGUUGAACAUCGUUGAACAACAUCUUUAAAUCAUAGAGUCUAUAAUUCACAAUGCAUCAUGGGAUUGUAGUUCUUUUUUGUAUAAUUUUCAAAUACUUUUAGUUUUUGUAUAAAAAAAAAAAAAAUCAAGGUUUGUAAUAUUGUGAUUCACCUCAUAGCUGGUUGGUUUGUUUCAUGGCUUAUUAAAGAUGUUAAAAGUACCUAUAGG